AUGGGUUCUCCAUCUAAGUUAUAUGAUCAUACUAAUCCUGAUUGGAUAUCAACAGUCAAGAUGGGUCAUCUUCAGCACAAGUUGCCAACUGCUGCAAGCCGCUGUGAGAGAUUCGAUAGAAAUGUGCAAAGGGUAGCCAAGAAGAAGAAACAAGAAGCAGCUGCAACCUUGAUUGACUUUCAAAAUAAAUUGAUCAAAUUAAAACGAAGUGCAUUGGGAAAAUUCCAACAGAUGAUAUUAAGCUUAAUGAGACUAAGAUUAAACAUGCCGGUUUCCCUUCUGAGCCACAUUUUCAGGGUGUCACCUUCAACAGUGUCAAAAGUAUAUUCAUGUACAGUGGAUGCAAUGUAUGUUUACCUAAGGCAUAUGAUACAUUGGCCGGAAAGAGAAGACUUAAGAAAAACAAUGCCAAUGGCAUUUAGAAAGCACUACCAGACAAAAGUAGCUGUGAUAAUUGACUGUUUUGAGAUUUUUAUAGAGAGGCUAUCAGGCUUAAAGGCAAGGGCUCAGACUUGGUCCUCCUAUAAACAUAGUAAUACUGUAAAAUACUUAAUUGGAAUCACACCUCAAGGUGUGAUUUCUUACAUUUCAGAGGGCUGGGGUGGAAGAGUUUCAGAUAAGUAUUUAACAGAACACAGUGAUUUCCUUGAUUGCUUACUUCCUGGGGAUGUAGUGUUAGCCGUCAGGGGUUUUGACAUUGCUGAUAGCAUUGGUUCUGUCUGUGCUCAGCUACAGAUACCUGCAUUUACAAAAGGCAAAUGUCAGUUGUCUGCUAACGAGGUUGAGUCUACACGCAAGAUUGCAAAUGUUUGA